AUGUGGAUAAUUGCGCUUCGUUGCGGAUGGAAGUUGAAAAACUUCGACACGAAAUGAGCGAGCUGAAAAUGUCGCUGCUGGAUCGCGAUACGGAAAAUACGAUACGAUCGGGACGAUACAGCCAUUCAUCGACUAACGAUCAGCUCAAUAAUACAGGUCAUUUGAGAUUCAGUUUGAGCUUUUAGCAGUUUGUUGUGAUUAUAAUACUUUAAGAUUUCCAAAAUGAGUGUAUUUGACCAUCACUGAAAUAUUUGAGCCUUUUAUUUUUUUAUUAAUUUGAAUUUCAUAGCAUUGUUUUACUAAUAUGAUCCAAAUGCAACAUCAAUGUUAAGUUUAGGAUGAACUCAAUGCUGUUUAAAAGUUUCCCACAUCACCUGUAUUCACCCUAUAGAUCUAUACAUUGAAAUCUCAUGCAUGCCAGUUUAAGGAAGUGUAUGUGCAUGUUCACGCAGUAAACUUGAAUGCAAAAUUGUUGCUCAUCCUUGUGACUAAUUUAGGCAGGAGAACAAACAUUCAUUGGCAUGACACUGUGGGUGAGGGUAAAUUCAGUGAUGACCUGUUGAUGAGACCCUAUAAGACGUCCUCACCCUUAAACCUGCUGCACACAGACACAACCUUCCCUCAAGGAUCUUCUCUCAAUGAAGAGCUGCCAAGCUGCUCCUUUAUAUACCAGAAGCUGAAAGAUCCGAGGAGGUUACUGGGUGAAGUUGCUUUCCAGCUGGACCGUCGAAUCCUCUCAUAUGUUUUCCAGGAACAGUCUAGACUGUAUGGAUUCACCGUACAGAACAUACGAGACAAACUACAGCAGGUCUCCACACACCCCCUGACGGGAAAGGUGGAUGAAGAAUACAAGUUCCAGCUGUCAAAGCGUCACAUGGAGGUCAUGGACAGACUUCAUACGCUGGGAUACAACGUCACCCUGCACCCCCCUUUCACCGAGUUUAUCGUCAACACAUACGGCAUUCUGAAGGAGCUGCCUGACGCGUACGGCGAGCAGGAACCGGCCUUUAACAAUCCAGAGUUCCUACGCAGAGUGAUUGUUGAAACCGCACCGUCCAAACUGCUCCGGGAACUCCUGCUUCUUCUCGGCUGUCUGUGUUUCAUGGCGAAACAGGAUGGACAGAGUCUCUUCCUGUGGUAGAGAGUGAACGGACUGUGUACGGACUGCUGCGAAAGCACUGCCUUAAAAUAAAUCAUUUAUUGCAA